GCGUCCGCACUUCAAUAAGCCGAUGGCGGUGGUGGCCAAGGAAUUGGGAGUAUGCAUUACUCUGAUGAAGAAGAUCUGCCGCCGCAAUGGACUCGUGCGGUGGCCGCACCGACGCAUUCGCAGUCUGGUAAACCGCAUCACGUCGCUCCAAGUUCUAGUGGGGAACGCAGCUGGAGCUGAGCGCAAGCGCUUCCAAGCGCAGAUUGCCGGUUUGCGUGAGGAGCUAUCGGCUGUGAUCCAGAACCCGAAC